CUCCGGCCACCCACAACUCCCCCUGCUAGCAUCUUACUCACUGUCCAAUGGCACGACUCGCUUAAAAGGAAAAGGAAAAGAAAUGGUCCAGUACGUCUUCACGCCGUGGCGAGACCGCGCCGAGCUACUGCUUGUGCGCCAGCAGUUCUACUCGCCCGCCAACGACCAUGAUCAGCACAAUGCCGUCGCUAGAGUCUCCAUGUGGAUGCAGCGAGGAAAUUGCCCGCACAUGGUCGAAUCCACGGCCAUUCUUACGGCCGCCGUCCAGAGCGACGAGGCCGCCCACACGGACAGCGCUGGGUCCGCUACCUAUGCUGCCCGCGCUGCUUACUCGGCUGCGUUUAGUCGCUUUGUAACAGGCCUGCUCGACGGUCACCAGGACAAGCUGCGCAAACAGAGCAUGUACUCACUGGCCAAGGCUAUUGGACUGCCUGCGACGUUUGUCGAGCUCCGCCACCAAGCUACCCAUGAACAGCUACCGUCACUGGCUAAGCUUCGAACAGCUGCCAAGAAGGCGCUGGCCUGGAUAUGGGAUUACUACUGGAAGCACCUGACUGAGGAGAGACGCCAUAGAAAGGAUGUGUGCCGUGAUACGGUGCUACGCUACCUCAAGGAGGACGACGAAGCUAAACGACAAGCUAUUGUAGACGAAAUGGUGGCUUGGGAUGCAGAUGCACUCCUAAAAGCCGUCUCAGAACUGCAAGAGACUUUGCCUGGCAACCAAGUCUAUCUCAAGUGUUUGAAGCUGUCCAAGGACAUCGUGGCCGGAGGGGUCAAGACGGCAGCCAAGGAGGAAGGACACGAGCAGAAAUCUGCUGACCCAACUCCAAUUGGCACGCCGGGAGGACCAGAAACUACAAAAGAUGCAGAUGCCGCUGAUAUAGGCUGGAGUCGGCAUCCCGGCCCGUGGAAGCCCAAGCCCAUUGGCAUGGUAUGAUCUCGCCAGGCACACAACAUACAGCAUGCUGCACGAUUCGCUUCUACUCAUGAUUUGCUUUUAUUAGAGAUACCCCAUUAGCAUUAGCAUUAUUUUGAAUAUUAAAAUAUUUAUACUCUAAU